AUGGCCACAAAGGAAGAACUCUUUGACUUUUCGCAUUUCGACAUCAAUGCCAUCCUGCGGGGUGCACAGCUCACGCUCGUGGGUGCCCAACGAGCUUUGCAGAACCCCGGCCUCUGGACGACGCAGCAUUACCGACAGGCGGUCAUUGCCGUGGGCUGCGGCAUAGUGAUCCGGCUGCUGGUGGAGAUUCCGAUCAUUGCCCUUCGUAUCGUGCUCUGGGUGCUCGGCUUGUUCAUGGAGCUCGACGCAAUGACAUGGGACGACUCGAUCGUGGACGGGCUGCGCUUCCUGCAGUCGAACGUGCUGCAGGUGCCGCUGUUCAUGAUGUCGCUGAUGCGGCACAUCACGCCGGCCAUGGACGAGCUCUUCAUGCUAUCGCUGCAGUGGGUCGACCACACGUACGCGCAGAAGCACGAGCACGAGCGCCCCGACGGCAUCGAUCCGCACCAGCGCUACUACGAGAACCUACGGCAGUACGGCGAUGCGGGCCGGCAGCUGAAGCGGCAGGGCCAGGGCCAAGCCCAAGACUCCUCGGCAGGCGGCAGCGGGCUCACGCGCUUCCUGAAGCGCUUUGCCCGCAAGACAGGCAUCUCGCUGGCCGUGUAUGCGUUGUCUUUCUUGCCGGUCGUCGGCCGCUUCGUACUGCCGGCCGCGAGCUUCUACACCUUCCGCCACGCUGUCGGUCUCGGCCCGGCCGCCGUGGUGUUCCUGGGCGGCGGCCUGCUUCUGCCGCGACGCUAUCUCGUCGUCUUCAUCCAGACGUACUACGGCCAGCGCAGCCUCAUGCGCGAGCUCCUGGGACCGUAUUUUUCGCGCGUCAGCUUCUCUGCCGCCCAGAAGCGCAGCUGGUUCCAUAGCCGCGAGGGCCUGCUGUUCGGCUUCGGCGCCGGCUUCUAUAUGAUGCUGCGCGUGCCCUUCUUUGGUGUCUUCAUCUACGGCAUCGCUGAGGCGUCCACGGCCUACCUCGUCACUAAGAUCACCGACCCGCCGCCGGCCGCCGCCGUUAUGGCUUCCGGUGUCGAUGCCACGUCUGCCGUGGCCGUGCGUGCAGCCUAUGCCGACGGCCAGCAGCAGUGGCGCAACAAAAAAGCCUUUCUCGAGCUGGCCCUUGACAAUCUGGAUGCCAUGCAGCGGCAGCACGGCGGCACCGGCAGCAAGAUUGUCCGCAGCAGCAGCAGCGGCAACGACACCGGCAGCACAGCCAUCAUCGAGGACCCCGUUAAACAGCCGACCCAGCAAGCCAACACCGUGCCCGAAACAGCAGUCGCAACCAUGGGCAAAACCGGCAUCCGUACCAUCACCAAAGUGAGCUUCGAUAAGCCUGCCUGGGAACAACCAGGCCUACAUAACCGAUGGCACCCCGACAUCCCCUUUUCUGGCACGAUCCAGGACGGCGAGACGGUCAAGAUUGAGUGUCUGGACUGGACCGGCGGCCAGAUCGGCAACAACGACUCGGCCGACGACCUGCUGCACGUCGACCUCACCCGCAUCCACUAUCUGAGCGGGCCCUUUGAGAUCUCCGGCGCCCAGCCGGGCGACCUGCUGCUCAUCGAGAUCAUGGACGUCCAGCCGUUUGAAGACCAGCCCUGGGGCUUCACCGGCGUCUUUGACCGCCACAACGGCGGCGGCUUCCUCGACGAGAUCUACCCGACUGCAGCCAAGGCUAUCUGGGACUUUGAGGGCAUCUCUUGCUCUUCGCGCCACAUCCCCCACGUCAAGUUUGCCGGCCUCAUCCACCCUGGCAUUCUGGGCUGCGCGCCCUCGGCCGAGGUGCUCGCUACCUGGAACAAGCGCGAGGGUGAGCUCAUCGCGGCCAGCGAGCUCGCCGAUCGCGACGUCGCCCUGCCGCCCCAGCCGCUCAAUGCUCACGCCGGAGCUGCCGACGCCGCCACCGCCGAGCGCAUCGGCCGCGAGGGCGCCCGCACUGUCCCGGGCCGCCCGGAGCACGGCGGCAACUGCGAUAUCAAAAACCUGAGCCGUGGCAGCAAGGUCUAUCUGCCUGUUCAUGUGGCGGGCGCCAAGUUCAGCGUCGGUGACCUGCACUUUUCCCAGGGCGAUGGUGAGAUAUCCUUCUGUGGCGCCAUCGAGAUGGCCGGCAUCAUCACCAUCAACUUCAAGGUCAUCAAGAACGGCAUGGCCGAUCUCAGCCUCAAGUCGCCCAUCUACAUCCCUGGGCCGGUCGAGCCGCAGUUUGGCCCCGGCCGCUACAUCUAUUUCGAGGGCUUCAGCGUCGACCAGAACGGCAAGCAGCACUAUAUGGACGUGACUGUUGCCUACCGGCAGACCAUUCUUCGCUGCAUUGAGUAUCUCCGUCGCUUCGGCUACAACGACUACCAAAUCUACCUCCUUUUAUCGUGCGCUCCCGUCCAGGGCCACGUCGCCGGCAUUGUGGACAUUCCCAACGCCUGCACCACGCUCGGCCUGCCGCACGACAUCUUCGACUUUGACAUUGGCCCCGAGGCUGGUGCCGCCAAGAAACUUGAUAUGGGCAGCUGUGCCUAUCCCACCGGCGUCACCGACGGCGUCGUCCUGGCCGGUAGCUCCAACAGCAAAACUAGCUUUGGGGGAGGCUUGACGUACAAGGAGUAG